CCCAACAGAAACCCCCACCCCCAACAACAUUUUAUCCACAAAGGUAGUCAAGAAACCUUCUAAAGACCGCCACACCAAGGUGGACGGCCGAGGGCGGCGCAUACGUAUGCCGGCCUUAUGCGCCGCCAGAGUCUUCCAGCUCACCAGAGAAUUGGGUCACAAAUCUGAUGGUGAGACCAUUGAGUGGCUCCUGCAACAAGCUGAACCGGCAAUUAUAGCUGCCACUGGAACCGGUACAAUUCCGGCUAAUUUCUCGACUCUCAACGUCUCUCUCCGUAGCAGUGGGACCACAAUUUCAGCUCCGCCGUCAAAAUCUGCGCCUCUCUUCAUCCACGGCGGCGCCACCACUAUGCUAGGCUUCCACCACCAGCUAUCCAACGCCGGUUUUGGGCAAGACCCAGAUGAGAAUAACUACAUGAAAAAGCGGCUCAGAGAAGACACCAGUGGUGCAACCUCACCUUCAGGUGAUAAACCGGAAAGAACCGGAGUACAACCUCCCGAACCAGGAUCAGAUUCUAAACCCGGUUCAUCACAAACUUCGAGUUUCAUCCCGGCUCCGGCCAUGUGGGCGGUUGCACCAGCUGCUGGUAACGUUGGUAACGCAUUCUGGAUGUUACCGGUGAGUGGAGGUACCAGUUCAACGACGGCUUCGGUCGGGGUGGCUCAACCGGACCACCAAUUGUGGCGUUCAAGAAUUGGUGGGUUCGAGUUCCCGGGUGGUGGCCGGUUCAGUCCGGUUCAGUUGGGUUCAAUGGUUUUGCAGCAGUCACAGCCGGUUCAGCAGCUGGGGCUAGGAGUUACAGAGACAAAUAUGGGAAUGCUGUCAUCAAUGAAUAAUGCAUAUAAUAGCAGUGGUAAUAAUAGGGUUGAUUUGGGUAUGAAUUUGGAGCAACAUCAUCACCAUCAAAAUCAGACUCAAGGUAGUGAUAGUGGUGAUGAAAAUCACAAAGAUUCUCAAUCAUAGUUUACAAUUCUCUAUGCAACCACUCCGAGGGUGUAUUAGGAAACAUCUUCUCUAUCUUUACAAGGCACGAGGAAAUCGUCUUUGUAUCUUCACAGGAUAGGAGUAAAGUCGGUAAAUACACGAUCCUUUUCGGAUCCUACUUGUAGGAUUACACUGUGAUCGUUGUUGUUGUUGUUGAUGUAAAUUUAAUGACUUCUUUGAUUGUUUUUUCUUGGUGUAAUUAGGGAGAAGAUUGUGUUCAUUGUAAUUUUCUUUUUUUUACUCUUUGCUUUACAAUUGUUCUAUUGUUCUUAAUUGGAUUUAAGGAUUUUCCCCCUUUAUUUUUGGUUGGUUGAUCCAA